CUCCGACCGGCCAGUUGUCAUUUGAGCGCUGUACCAGGUGAAUGUGUGUACAUUUCCGCAGUGUAUUUUUAUUGUAAUAUGGAUAAGUUUACGUGCAUUAUUGGAUGACGAUCACGACCUAGUUAUGGCCUGGAAAUACAUAUUUUGGAUUUCUCUGAUGACAAGCUAUAAAGCUCAAGAAACCGAGUGGCGGACAGGAAAAUCACCAAAUAUCCCCUCAGAUGGUACAUUCAAAAUUCUUAACAGAUUUGUGAAGCCAUUUAUUAAUAGGCGAGUAAUGGACAGCAGUAUUGUUUUCCCAGAUUUAACAUCAAGGUCUGAUGUAGACAUAUUCUCUCAAAUCUCCGACGAUUGUAAAUCUCUGGGCAUUUGUGAAGAUAUACCAAACUAUCCGGCGGAUAUCGUUUCAAGUGCAAUUCAACAGAUUGAACAUGAAAACAAAUUAAAGUUUAACAAAGAUGUACUAGAGCCUCCUCAACUCGCUGAGAGAAUAGGACCGGAAGAAGAAUCUAUAGAUCUAUGUUCCUCUAUGGAAAGGAUAUUUGUACCCAAAGUGGCUCAAGAUAUCAACAAGGACUGGUUCCUGAUAGUUAAUGACAAGCAAAAACCGCGACAAACAUUUCGAGUGGAAAUAUGCAGGGGAGGAGAAAACGCUACCUGCUCUUCCAUAGCUUUCUUCCAGAAGGGCUACAAAGGAUCAUGCGUACAGAAAUAUGUUCUACGUAACAUGAUUGCACUGAACGACAAAAAUGAAAUCAUUGAAAGACCCUUUCAAGUGCCCAGUUGUUGCUCGUGUGUCGCAAAGGCUGUUUGAUAUAUGAAAACUAUUUUUUUAUGAUACAGUCUUUGGCAUAGGCGAGUUACUGAUGUACUGUUGAGUACAAAAUUAACGAUUAACGCGAAUAAUUAAGGGACCUAGAACUGAUUCUAAAAAUAAAUGUCCCGCAGUGUGGAGUCCGGCCUAUUUAAUCUACUUCUUGAUUUACAUAACUCCAAGUUUUGAGUGUUUUUAAGAUUGUUAAGCCUCGUCUUCGUAUGUUAUAAAUAUGCGUUGAUAUCAGAUAUUGUAAUUUUAUUUAAAGUUUUAGCCAUGUAAUUAUUAGUUUUUAUGAGGAAAAUACAGAAGCUGAUUGGAUCUCCCACUUUUGUUACGUCGUGUUAUACGCUUGAACAUUGUUUGCUCGUAAUUCUUAGUUUGUUAAUUCUAGUGAAUACCUUUUGUAUACGAACGGUUAUUGGCAGGAACACGCGAUAGAAAUACAUCACAAGGCUGGUACUAAACGAAUAUAUAAAAAUCGAUUUCUUUGAAAAGUGUAGCAUAGCCUAAUAUAAUUAUCAGAUAGUCAGCCAAAUCAUCAGAGAUUUCUGGUCGUGAUAUUCAAUGUAUUUGAUAUUCAGAGUAAGCGCUGUUACUACAAUAAGUUAUAUGAGUUAGAUUAAAAUAAGUUAAACUACUUAACAGUUUUAAGUAUUUUAGUAGAUAUUUGAAUUUUGCCAUGUGUGUUAAAGUUAGCGUUUUUAAAAUAUUAUUGUUUCGUUCAGUUAUUGAUGAAAUGAUUUCAAUAAUUAUGUAAAUAAAUAUUUAUGUGAUA